GUCAAUUGUACAAAGAAGCUUCGUUAAAACAAACCUUCUUGAUUACCUGGGAGACUUGCCAGGAAAAACAUGGCAGGUUUAGACAAAGAGUUGUUGAAAAUCACUGAACUCAUCGAGAAAAGCACCAUAAUUGAAGAAAGAAAUCCUGCCCGAUACCGUCUAAAACUGAUUACACAUGAUUUGGCUCCGUCGGACCCAUACAGAAAAAUGACCUUUGGGGAGAGAGACUUGAAGAAACCUCAUAAAAUCCUUCUGAUGGUUGGAGAAACAGGAACAGGAAAAACAACCCUCAUCAAUGCUGUAGUCAACUACAUGUUGGGCGUAAAGAGAGAAGACAAGGUUUGGUUUGAGAUUACAGAUGAUCAGGGUCACCAAAAGUCAGUGCACAGUCAGACCUCCAUCAUCACCGUUUAUGGGUUUUAUCUAAAAGAGAGUGAAACCGAUUUAACAAUCAUUGACACGCCGGGAUAUGGAGAAACUAGAGGAGUUGACCUUGAUAAGAAGAUUGCCAUAAGUUUACACAGCCUGAGUAAAUCAGCAGAAGGGGUUCGUGAAAUACAUGCUGUGUGUCUGGUGAUUAAAGCAACGCAAAAUAAACUCUCGGACAGACAGCAAUAUAUAUUUGAUGCUGUCCUUUCUUUAUUUGGAAAAGAUGUUGCUGAAAACAUCGUCUUGCUCUUCACACACUCAAACGGAGCUCCACCAAAAAAUGCGCUGAAGGCCGUUAAAAGAGCUAAAAUCAAGUGCGCGGUAAACGAAAAGAAGAAGCCGGCGUAUUUCCUGUUUGACAACUGUCAGUCAGAAGUCUUUGAGGAAGAGUAUGAAAAGAUGCACGAAAAAUCAUGGGAUCUCAGUCAUAGUGGAAUUACAGAAUUUUUUAAGUUUCUUGAAAACAUGAAACCAAAAACCUUACACAUGACUCAAGAGGUUUUGAAGAAGCGGAAGCAGCUGGAGGCGAAUGUCUCCAAUCUACAGCUGCGUAUUGAAGCGAUGGACCAAAAGCAAAAUGAGCUGAAAGAAACUCAAGAAGCUCUGGAGAAGAACAGGAAAUAUGUAGAAGAUAAUAAUGACUUUGAGUAUGAAGUUGAAGUUUCAUAUAAGGAGAAGGUUCCUAUCAGUUUAGAAUUUUGGCACUUGACUAAAGAGGCGACCUGCUGCAGCGUCUGUGAGGAGAACUGUCAUUACCCAGGAUGCUGGUGGGUCAUAAAUCUCUCAUGGUGUAGCGUGAUGAGAAAGAAUCACUGUACAGUGUGCACUAAAAGAUGCCACUACAGCAAACACGUCAAAGAAGCCAAAAUAUACGAGGCAAAGACAAGGACAGAGAAGAGGACGUAUGAAGAUUUAAAGAAGGAAUAUGAAGGUAAGAUCGGAGACGAUGUGUCUUUGGUGAAGAAACUGGAAGAAGAACUGCAUGAAUUAGAAAAAGAGAAAAUAAUGCUGUUAAAUGAAGCGUAUUACUCUGUGGAAACUCUGGAGACCAUCGCGCUCAACACUGACUCUCUGCUCACACUCCUGCACAUUGACUUUCUGAUUGUGAAGUUGAAGGAAAUCAACGAGCCUCAAAAGGCCGAAACACUGGAGAACAUCAAGAAGAGAGCGGGAGAAGACAACGCUGAUGGAUUGAAUUACAUAAAAGGACUUCAGCAAAAAUAACAUAUAUCGAAAAUUAAAGAAUUCAAGUUCCUUUUUCUUUUAGAUUUAAACUUGACUAGAUUUAAACAUCCCCAGUUCCUGUGAAUGCGUUCCUUUUUCGUAUUUUACAUAGAUUUCAUGUAAAUGGUCUUUUUGCUUUUAUUGCUUAACAUCUGUUUCUAGCCUGAUUCUCACUGUUUGCGCAUUUUGUGUGUUUAUUAAAUACACGUUUCCAUUUUAUUUUCCCAUUUUAGGAUUUAUUAUUAAAUUAGGUAUUAAAUAAUUAUUAUAUAUUUUUAAAACUGUUGGUGUUUUUACAUGUCAAAAUCCAUAUUGAGUUCUUGUACAAUUUCCCCAAGUAAUCUUCUGAAUUCUGGUUUCUAUGAUUAAAAUGUUCUUAGAGCACUAUAUAUUGCAUCAAUUGCAAAUAAUACAGAUUUCAAUAAUAUAAGUCUACUCUAUAUAUGUUUUAUUAAUAUUUCAUCCAAAUCCUGCCCUUUUAUGUCAUCACGCACUACAUUAGCUACAUUGGAGCAACAAGUCGCACACCAUGAAGUAGGUAAGGAAAAGAAUGGAUGUGAAUUGUAAGAGAUUUCAGUCGUAAUCUAUGACUGAGUGUGUGUUUUGACACCACAUACACUGUAAAAAAAGUUUUGUAAAAAAAGGAUGCGUUUUCUGAAAUGCUUCAUUUUAUAUCUGUCUGCCUAGACAUUUCUUUUCAGCUUUUCUGAACUGGCAGACACAAGAAACCAAAUUAAAAGCAACAAGAAAGA